AUGUCUGUGAAGGCAUUCAUCUACGCUUACCGCAAACCCGGCCUUUCUCUUGAGGAUUUCAAGAAGCACUACGAGAAUCACGCUGAACUCGUUAAGCGUAUCUCUGGGGAACAUUUUCCUCUCGUACACAAGCGCACCUACAUCGCACGCAACACCGUCGAGGUCAUUCCUGAAGGUGCCAGUGAGCGCAACGCCCUGACUCCUGCCACCGUUCUGGUUGGAAAGCAGUCCGACUUUGAUUUCGAUGCUUACGCGGAGCUUACCUUCGCUGAUCAGGCUGCUUUCCAAGCCUUCAGUGCGAGUAUCUACGCCCCCGACGCUGCCGCUGAGAUUGCAGCCGAUGAGGAAAAGUUCCUUGAUAAGUCGAAGUUUGGGAUUGUCUUGCUUGGGGACGUCAUUGAGACCUUUAAAUAA